CUAUGGCUGCCGCCGGCCAGGCAGAAAUGUGUUCACCAAAGCCGGCGGCAGCCCUGAACAAGUCGCCGGCACUUUCGCCACAGUCAGUAGCUCCGAUCCGAGGGAAGCCAAGGAAGUGUGUGGUCUAUCCGCAUCCUCCGAAGAACUCCCGCGUGUCUCGUUCAGUUCUCCGCUGGCUUCAGAGCUUAAACCUCAGCUUCUUCCCCAGGAACAUCAACAGAGAUUUUUCCAAUGGCUUCCUGAUUGCAGAAAUAUUCUGUAUAUAUUUUCCCUGGGACCUUAAAUUAUCAUACUUUCAAAAUGGAACCUCUUUAAAAGUCAAGUUGGAUAACUGGGCACAAUUAGAGAAGUUUCUGGCAAAAAAGAAACUUAAAUUACCUAAAGAACUGAUCCAUGGAACAAUUCAUUAUAAAGCUGGAGUACCUGAAAUAUUGAUACAAGAAGUUUAUACUUUGUUAACACAUCGAGAAAUUAAAAGUAUCCAAGAUGACAUCGUGAAUUUCACCGACUAUAGUUACCAGAUGCGGUUACCUCUGGUUCUCAGGUCUACAGCUUCAAAGUCUAUUAAAGACAACAUUAGGUUAACGGAAUUAAUAAGCAAUCCCAACAUGCUCAGCAAUGAACUUAAAGUAGAGUUCCUCUUAGUAUUACAAAUGUUGCAAAGAAAAUUAAGCAGAAAAUUGAAUCCAGGAUGGUUUGAUGUUAAGCCAAGAGUGGGAGAAAUUACUCUGGAUCACCUUCCUCCCCAGUGCUCUGGAUGCAAAUAUCCAAAAGCUUCAAAGGAGACAGUUGUACCUUCAGUUAAUGGCUUUAUGAAAGGAAACUUUCAAUCCCCAAGGCAGAUGAGGGAUAAGGCUGUAAGUUCACAUUUAUUGUUUUACUUCUCUCAAUCUUGCCCCAGAUAAUUAGAUUCUCUUAGUCUAGACACACAUGGAAUUAAUGGAUGGUAUAAAUUGGCUUUUGGUAAUUGUAUGCAUGAGACCAUUUUGUUAAGCACUAAGUUAUUUUUUAAAUUUGAUAAAGGGAGUAUAUUUC